AUGCGGAUGGCACCAUGGUCUCCCAAUGAAUGGUCCACUAUCAAAGCCAGCACCCAUCUCGCUCAAUUCAAGCUUGAGCAGAAACUAUUAUCAAUCCACGUAUCCAACUCAGUGGAAGGCCAUCCUCCCGGAGAUAGAGUAGCAGCAGCUGCUGCUAACUCUGUGCUCAAACCACUGGAAGGCCGAGCACGUCCUUGGCCAGGUGUUGAAGUCCACUCAUUCUUCUCUGGCAUUAAUCUUCUCAAUGCCAUGGAGUUAUCCCCUGACUUCUCCCCGGGCCCCCCUUCCCCCCCUGUGCUCAAAUUUAUUGAGCGUAUUGAGCAUGCUGAUCCACACCCCUCUGACUUUGACAAAGACAACCACGGUAACUGCAAGACAGCUAGGCAUCUAAUUGCUGCAGCUGUAAAGACGUGUCAAAAUGCAAGAUAUGUAUGCUUUCAGGACAAGAUUCAUUCUUUGACAUUCCUUGCAGAUAAGUAUCUGAGCAACAUUCUCGACCUUUUGUGGGCAGCCUGGAAAACGGCCAAAGGGCCAAUAUCUAAGGGUAAGGCCUUGUCUGAUUUAUCCUUGUUUUCUACUCUUUGUUGGACUGUGUUGAUAAUCUCAUCCACCACUUCGGCCUCUAUGGCACCUCCCUCAUCUAUUUCCACCGUCUCAGCUCUCACUGUACUUGCAUCGGUGGCUGCCUCUGUCCUGUCUAUUUCACAAGUCACAGCUGGUGAUUCUGAUUCACCCAACGAGGAAGAGUGUUGUGCAGAAUUCCAGACCUUGAAGAAAAAUGAGUUGAUUGAGUGGAUCAAGACCAGUGGGGUCACCGUCUCCAACUUAAAACAGAGGAAUAAGAAAGGUAUUGAUUGA